AUGGGAAGCAGUGGGAGGUUAUCUGCGGAAUAUACAGAUGAUGAGGCGGCUUCUGCAGAUAUGUCGAAGCUGGCAAUAUCAUUUCAAGCUAGAGAAGAAGAGAUUGAGAGGAAGAAAUUGGAGGUCAAAGGGAGGGUGGAAUCUCAGCUCAAUCGUGCUGAAGAACAGACCAAGCGUCUGGCCCAGAUAUGGGAGGAGCUGGAAGUAUUGACGGAUCCCAUGAAGAAGGAAGUUGCUGCUGUCAGGAAAAGGAUCGACAUUGUCAAUCGUGAACUGAAAUCACUAGGCCAGACCUGUCAAAAGAAGGAGAAAGAGUACAAGGAAGUUUUCGAUGUAUUCCAGGAAAAGACCAAUGAAAAAGCUCAACUUACAGCUACUCUAAUGGAGAUGGUGAAUGAAAGCGAGAAACUGAGGAUGAGGAAGCUGGAGGAGCUCAGCAAGAUUAUCAGCUCUGCACGCUAA